AGUUGUAGUUGCAUACACCGCUGAGAUUGUAAGAGCUUGGCAGUUAGUACUUUUGGUUAAAAGUUUAGAAAAUGUCCGAAGUUCAUAAAAUUAUAAUGGUUGGUUCUGGUGGCGUAGGAAAGUCGGCUAUAACUUUACAAUUUAUGUAUGCGGAAUUCGUUAAAGACUAUGAGCCCACUAAAGCCGAUAGUUACAGAAAGACAAACUUCGAUUUAGAUGGAGCUGAAAUCGGAAUAGAUAUUCUUGACACUGCAGGACAGGAAGACUACGCUGCUAUUCGUGACAACUAUUACCGCUCUGGCGAUGGUUUUUUUUGCGUUUUCUCUUUACUAGAAAAAAUGACCUUUCAGGAAACUGAUAAUUUUCGGGAUCAGAUCUUAAGGGUUCAUGAAGACGAGAGUGUUCCCUUUAUACUCGUUGGAAACAAGUGUGAUUUAACUGAAGAGCGCGUGGUUUCCAAGGCGGAUGCUGAGAGUAAGGCGAAGAGCUGGAACGUGCCGUACUUGGAAACCUCUGCGAAGACUAAGCAAAAUGUGGAUGAGGCAUACAAAGCUCUUCUGCGGCUCAUUAUUGCCAAGAAAAACAAAGAAAAAGCAGCCCAGAAAACUAAGAAACGUAAAAAGAAGUGCUUAUUAUUUUUCCUCUAGAAAUAAAAAAUACUUGACACUACCGCAUUUAUUAUGGCUUUUAAGUAGAUAUAAACACCUUUUCAAAACAGUAUAGUGCGCUUUUGGUUCGUGAAAUACCCAUUGAGUUUCUAAGUGAUUUUAUAGAGAGCUACUAAACUCAUCGCUGCGUAAUCCGCCUAUGUAUUUUAUUGUUGAGCGCGUGGACUUAAAAUAAAUAAUUUGACAAGCGUGUGUAAGUUUUUUUAUAUGUGCAUUUUUUUUUUUAAACUA